CUUUGGAACGCAUGCGCAGUUCUCGUGAAAUGUACGCAGCUACUGACCCGGUUGAGAGGCGAAGAUGGUGCUGAUUAAGGAAUUCCGUAUUGUGCUACCAUGUUCAGUAGAAGAGUAUCAGGUUGGACAGCUUUAUGCUGUGGCAGAAGCUAGCAAAAAUGAAACCGGAGGUGGUGAAGGGAUUGAAGUUCUGAAAAAUGAACCAUAUGAAACUGAAAAUGAGAAAGGACAAUAUACACACAAAAUCUACCAUUUGAAUAGUAAAGUUCCUGGAUAUGUGAAGGUGUUUGCACCGCAAGGAUCCUUAGUAUUUCACGAGAAGGCUUGGAAUGCAUAUCCAUACUGUAGAACAAUUGUGACGAAUGAAUAUAUGAAAGACGACUUCUUUAUAAAAAUAGAAACAUGGCACAAACCAGAUAUGGGCACCAUUGAAAAUGUGCAUGGAUUAGAUGAAGAUACUUGGAAAUCUGUAGAUGUUGUUCACAUUGACAUUGCAGAUAGGAGUCAAGUGGAGCCCGGAGAUUACAAAGCUACUGAAGACCCAUCUUUGUUUCACUCCAGUAAAACUGGCCGAGGACCACUGGGACCUAAUUGGAAGAAAGAGCUCUCCUGUAACCAAGAGUGUCCAAGGAUGUGUGCCUACAAGCUGGUGACUAUUAAAUUUAAAUGGUGGGGUCUACAGAACAGAAUAGAGAACUUUAUCCAAAAGCAAGAAAAAAGGAUUUUUACCAAUUUCAAUCGUCAGUUGUUUUGCUGGAUUGACCAAUGGGUAGACUUAAAUAUGGAUGACAUACGAAGGAUGGAAGAUGAAACACAGAGGGAGCUAGAUGAGCUCCGUAAUCAAGGUGAAGUGAGAGGGACCAGUGCUGCCAAUGAUGACUGAAGCUGGAAUCACAUGAAUAUUUUGUUCUUUGUCACACACACUAGCAUUUACCAUUAAUCCAGAUGCACUAGGACUGUUCUCAUCUGGAGCUUUCAGAGCUACAAUAUUUUUUAUUUGUGUAGAUUACCGGAAGCAAAACUUAAAAAAAAGUAUGAUUUUCAGGCGAGAGAAGAAAAACUCAUUGAUAGCAAAGUUUCAUUUACAAUGUUUCAUUUUUUUUUGUUUUGACUAUGAUUUACUUUUUUUGAGGGUUCUUUUGGACUGUGUUUUCCUUUUGGCUGAUUAGAUUGCUGUGUCUGUUGCCUUCUUGUCUUAGAUUCUCCCAUUCUUUUUUUUAAAUAUUUGUGUGAUAUAAAUUGAAAUGAUUGUAUCAUCAGAUGUCCUUCUAUAUCACUGUUGCAGUAUUCCUUACAAUAGGGAUUUCCUGCCAAUGGUAGCCUGAUGUCCAGCCCGCAUACCAAAACUUUAGGUUGUAAUAGGAGCAUUGUGCAUCACAUGUAUGCUCCCCAUGCAUGGUGUAUGGCAUAAAGGUGACAUAUGGAUGCACCAUCCUCAGAACUUCUUUGCCAUCAGUCUGAACGUCAUCUUCGAUUGUUGGUCUGAACACUCAUUUGUCUGCUGGUUACCAAGCCAUUUUUCCACUAAGUUAUCUUCGUUUAUUUUGUGGUUGUUGGUUUCAUGUCAUCCAAAUAGGGGAAAUGCCAGUGGGGGAGACAGAUUCCCCAUAAGAACCAUCAUGAGCAGCGCUUGUUUUGCUUAGGUGCUUCUCACGACCAUACGUCUUGUCCUAUUUGUCAAGUGUUUGUACAAGAGACCUUGCAUAGUCAUCUCUCCUCUUUAACUAUUUACUUAAAGAACCAGCAUCUUAAAUUGUUAGCUGAGGGUAAUAUGGAGGAAUUGUCACAGCCCAAGGGUCAGCCAUCCGUGAAGAAGAAGGCCAAGAAAGCUAAGUCUGAUUCUUUGGCUGUACUUCCUCCACUGGAUGCAUCUCUUGAAGCUGGUAAAAGCCCAGAAAACCACCCAUUUUUUAAAGUCAUAUUCCUCUGCAGUGGCCUUUUCAGAGGCAGGCAUGGAUUUGGUUUCUCCCACAUCCCCAGAGGCACUGAAAACAUCUGUUUCAUAUGCUCAAGUGGAAUCACAGCUGAUUGUGGCCUAAGAGUGUUCUGCAAAUCCAUGUUAGAGAGGAGAUUUCCACUAUGCAUAUGGUGUGUUGUACAUCCCCUUGAAAAAGAAUCAGAAAACUAAGCCACUCUGAUGACCCUUCCAUUAUUUUUGUUGCUUCUGAUAAACAUUCUAAACUGUUGCCUUCUACAAAGCUGCUCCCCUCUGACAAGGACAGCAGAACUGCAGAAAGGUUGAGUAAGAAAGUAUAUACUUCUGCUACUCUGGCCUUUAGGGCUGUGAAUUAUCAGACACACGACCAAGUUUCAGAGGAAUUACCCUACUACACCUGACUUUGUCCACAGCCUUACCGUCCUCCAGAAGGUGAAAAGGGCGGUAGAAAGGCUCCUCCUGCUAAGUCUACUCAAACUCCUACAGCUCAGAAGCCUCCUUUUCCAGACAAGUCAGGUUCUUUCUGACUAUCCUUGUCCCUCACUUCUCAGUCACAUCCCUGUUUCUCUUCAUCUUUCCAUGUCCCUUCCAGUUUAAAUAUCACUCUGGAUUCUUGGGUUCUCCAUCAUUCACCAGGGAUAUUACAUGAUUUAGAAAUAUCUUCCUCCAUUUUUGGUCAUUCCUCAACCUCCUCAGGAACGGCUGCCCUUUUUUCCAGAGGUGUUUCGGAACCUUUUGACUCAAGGAACAACCCAGGAGGUUCCAGCUCCUCAAAAGGGGAAGGGAUUUUACUCCAGAAUGUUUCUGGUUUCCAGGAAAGAAGGCACCAGGAGACCCAUUCUGGAUCUUUCUCAGCCCAAUACCGUUUUGAAGGUUACUUCCUUUCAGAUGUUAUCCCAUCAGCCCUUGUUUCCUCUUCUUCCUCAGGGUUUCCUGGAUCUCAAGGAUGCCUACCUCCAUAUUCAUAUCCAUUCCUUUUUUCAGGAAUUAUUUGCAUUUUUCUGUUUCUUCCUUGCAUUUUAAGUUCUCUGCUUUACUCUUUGGCCUCUCUACUCCCCAAGGGUCUUCACCAAAUGCCUCAAUCCUGUGAUUGUUUUUUGCAGGUUGAGGGGAAUUCAGAUAUUUCCUUAUCUGGAUGGCCUGCUCCUUUAGACUUUGUCUCCAGAAACUUUACUUCAACAUCUUCACUUUGGUAUUUGUCUCUUCCAAAGCCUGGAGUUUACAGUGAAUUUCCAAAAAUCUUUCCUAAGUCCUUCUCAGGAUCAUGUGUUUCUCAGGUGAAAGCUUCAGACUAUUCCAGUGCAAGCAUCUCUGCCUCAUCCCAAGCUUUUAACUCUGAUUGCACUCUUUGAAUCCCUUCUUCCUCCAGACACCAUUAUGGCCAGAGAGUUUCUAAGGGCUCUGGGAUGUAUGCCUUCCACCAUUCCUAUCCUUUCUCUGGCCAAGCUUCAUAUAAGAAAGCUCCAGUCAUUCCUGAAGUCAGUCUGGCUUCAACAUUUUAAUCCUUUGGAUUUUCUGAGUCCCCUUUUCCCAUGCCUCAAACUGGAACUUCAGUGUUGGAUUCAUCAGUAUUUCUUCAACCCAGGGCUGCCUUUUCAAUUUCCAUUCACCACUCAGGAGCUCUUCAGAUGCCUCAAAUGUGGAGUAGGAGGCCUCCUUUAGUCCUGUGAAAGUGCAGAGCCUUUUGUCUCUUCAUCAAAGGAAAGACCACAUCAGUAUUAGAGAUGAGAGUGCUUCCCCUAGCCCUUCAGGUCUUUCAUUUGCUUUUCCUACCAGGGCCCCUCAAAAACUUCACAGACAAUACCAUAGCAAUGUGGUACAUCAACAAGCAAGGGGGGGCAAGGUCUUACCUUUUGUGUAGAAUAGCUCUUCGUGUUUUGGAUCGAGCUGUCCAGUAUCAAGUGACUCUUCAGGCUGUUUAUAUUCCCUCAGAUCAGAGCAUUGCAGUGGAUUCUCUGAGCAGGUCCAUAAUAUAAAUUCAUGAGUGGAUGCUUGAAAGAGGUGUGUUUCUGGACAUUGUCUACCAGUGGGGUACUCAUCAAGUAGAUCUUUCUCCCUCCCAUAUGAACAGCCAGCUUCUUCUGUUUUGCAUCAGAAUCCCAUGCCCUCUGCUUCCAAGGCGGAUGCCUUCUCCUUUUCCUGUAAGGGGAUGUUUCUUUAUGCCUUCCCUCCCCUUCCUCUCAUACUAUUUGUCCUGUUCAAGAACAGGGUGCUCCCAAAAUCUUGUUGGUGACUCCCUUUUGGCCCAUUCAGCAUUGGUUCCCUCUUCUGCAUUUAGCCAAGGGCACUCAUCACAAGUUGCCUCACAGGGUGGACAUACACAAAACAAGGGGUCUCUCAUCCAUCCCCACCUGACCUCUCUUCCACUGACACUGAGGGUGAUAGCUUCUUGAUCCCCUUUAGGCACAUUUUUUAUGAGGACAUGCUUUGUGUUCUGCAGGAGGCCAGGCAACCCCCUACCAGAAAGUCUUAUUUAUCCAAAUUGAAUAGAUUUUCUUUCUGGUGUCUUUCUCAUAACCUUGAUCCACUUUCCUUUGGUUUUCUUAUUUGUGUGAAUUGCUAGCUGCUGGAAUGGCAUACUCUUCUGUUAAAGCCCACCUGUCAGCUAUUUCCACUUGUCUGUCUUUGACUUCCCCUUUGGCUUCUAGAUUCUGGGUUAAACAAUUUCUUGAAGGCAUCUUUCAUAUAAGGCCUCCAAGGAAACCUAUUCCCCCUUCCUGGGACCUUUUUUGUUUUGUUACAAAAAUUGA